GGUAGGGGGAGAGAAGGGCUGGAUGCAGUUUCUGAGCUACAGAUGUCAGGUACUGGCUACAGACUGAGACUGCUGGAGAAUAGGAACUCACAGAGUGACAAGGAUUCCUGUUUUGGGGUUACCCUUGCACCGAGCAAGGACUGAGACCCCCCAUACAGACACACUCUGCUCAACACUACCUCUGACCUGCACAUCUUUGAGGGUCCUGUUUGGCUGUGUGGCCCCUAUGUAACUCAGCCUACCCCCCCCGACACCACCUGACAGCUCAUACGUCCCUUGUGCAGUGGAUAAAUGACUUUGUCACCCUACCAGCUUGUUAACAGGCACCCCAACGUAGGUUGUGUAUGAAAUCCUGGUACCUGAGAAAAGGACCCUCCUAGGACCAAGUGAGAAGAGACUUCUAUAAUCCCCAGGACAUCCGUAGUUCCCCUUAGAAGUGAAGCAUGUGGGUAUACAGAGCCCCCCUAUUUCUCCUGUUUCUGCUUCUGGGUCAGUUAUCGCCCCAAUCCCAGGCACAGUCAGUUCUGACAGACGAUGAGAUUGAAGAGUUCCUGCAGGGGUUCCUGAGGGAACUUGAUCCCGAGGAAGAAGAGGAUGACAAGGUGGAGCCUGGAGAGACAACUGUGGUGGAGCUGGAGGAAGAGGAUGCAGUGAGUAGUAGGACUGGAGGAAAUGAAGAGGAAGAUGAUUCUGUUUUGAAGAAGAAAGACAAAGCACCAAAAGCUGCAGGUGGAGACAAACAGGACAAGGGUAAAGAAAAGCCAAAGAAAGAGAAACCCAUUAAACCCACCAAGAAACCCAAAGAGAAACCACCGAAAAAGGAGAAACCACCCAAACCCACCAAGAAGCCGAAAGAGAAGAAGCCAAAACCAACUAAAAAACCCAAAGAGAAGCCACCAAAACCCACUAAGAAGACUCCUGGGAAAAAGCCAGAGAAAGCAGCUGAGAGACGGGAAGAGGAGGAGAGACUCAAGAGGCCUGAAAUAAAAGAGGACGAGACAUACAGUGAGCCUGAAAUUAUAGAAGAAGACGAUAGGUACAGGAGGCCCCAGAUCACAGAAGAAGAUGAGAGGCAAAGGAGGCCCCAGAUUACAGAGGAAGAUGAGAGGCAUAGGAGGCCCCAGAUUACAGAGGAAGAUGAGAGGCAUAGGAGGCCCCAGAUUACAGAGGAAGAUGAGAGGCAUAGGAGGCCGCAGGUAACGGAGACAGAAGAAACAUACAAGAUACCACAAGUUCCUGAUGAAGAAGACAGGUAUGGAAAACCCUUAACUGAGGAAACCGAGGAAGGAUAUGACAGACCAUCAAUAACAGACAGCAGAAGAGUAUAUGAUGGAGAAGAAUGGGAGGAAGAAUUUCCUGUAUUACCAAUUCCUGAACCCCCCGAACCAGACAGAGAGGAGCGCCGACCCCAGCCUGAUCCAGAAGAACGUCCAACAGAGGAUUAUAAUGAACACCUGGAAAGGGAAGACUAUGAUGACUAUGCCUACAUUAGGCGCCAGAAGAAGAAGCCACCAAAGAUUCCCGAACACAAAAAGCCUGAAUAUCCUGUUGUUGAAGAGAAACCACCACCCAGGAAACCUGUGGCACCUCCCACACUCCCCCCUGAUUAUCCUGACCUCAAAUUCAAUUAUGAUGACUAUGAUUACACUGUGCACUUUAGACCACCAGAUCGAAAGAAGGAGGAAGAGGAGGAAACAGAUGAGGAGAAAUAUACCUCAAAGAAGCCCCAAAAACCAACUAGUAGCAAAGAAGAGCGGGAAAGAGAGGAGAAGGAAAAAGAGAAGAAAAAGCCACCUGAAUCCUGGGAUUCGGAGGAGGAAGAGGAGCAGCUUCCAAAAGAGAGGAAAAAGUGUCCACCUAUUGGACUGGAGUCCCACCGCAUUGAAGAUGAUCAGAUCCUGGUCUCCUCCAUGUUGCGCCAUGGUCUCCAUGCUCAGAGAGGCCGACUCAAUAUGCAGGCAGGAGCUAAUGAGGAUGACUUUUUUGAUGGAGCCUGGUGUGCAGAGGACGACAGCCAAGCGCAGUGGUUAGAGGUGGACACAAGGAGGACCACUUUGUUCACCGGAGUUAUAACACAAGGGCGGGAUUCUCUUUUGCAUGAUGAUUUUGUCACGUCGUUCCAUGUGGGGUUUAGCAAUGACAGCCAGAAGUGGGUCUUGUACAGCAAUGGAUAUGAAGAGAUGUUGUUCCUUGGCAAUGUGGAUAAGGACACACCAGUGCAAACAGAUUUUCCUGAACCUGUGGCAGCGCGAUUCAUCAGAAUAUACCCACAGACCUGGAAUGGCAGCUUGUGCAUGCGUAUGGAGGUGCUUGGCUGUCCUCUGUCCAAUGUGGUCCAUUUUUACAGUCAGAAUGAGGUGCUCACAUCCCCAGAUAACCUGGAUUUCCGGCAUCACAAUUAUAAGGACCUGAGACAGCUCAUGAAAGUUGUAAAUGAUGAAUGUCCCACCAUUACGCGGAUAUACAACAUCGGCAAGACGCCCAAGGGACUGAAGAUCUAUGCCAUGGAGAUUUCUGACAACCCAGGAGACCAUGAAACAGGGGAGCCCGAGUUCCGCUACACGGCAGGCCUUCAUGGUAACGAGGUUCUAGGUCGAGAGAUGCUUCUUCUCCUCAUGCAGUUCAUAUGCAAGGAAUUUCGGGAUGGGAACCCUCGCAUCACAAGCUUGGUCCGGGAUACCAGAAUACAUCUUGUCCCCUCACUAAAUCCAGAUGGAUAUGAGAUUGCAAGUCAGAUGGGCUCGGAGUUAGGGAACUGGGCUUUGGGUCACUGGACAGAAGAAGGCUAUGAUAUAUUCACCAAUUUCCCAGACUUGAACACAGUGCUCUGGGGAGCAGAAGAAAGAAAGUGGGUCCCACACCGCGUGCCCAACCACCAUCUACCUAUUCCUGACAGUUUCAUGGCAGAAGAUGCUACGGUUGCUAUGGAGACCAAAGCCAUCAUAGCUUGGAUGGAGAAAAUCCCAUUUGUGCUGGGUGCCAACUUACAGGGAGGGGAAAAGCUAAUAUCUUACCCAUAUGACAUGGCACGGCCAGUUAAAGAGGAGGCACCUCCAGAAAGGCCACAAUAUCAACGGUACCAUCAGGAAGAGGAGGAGGAAGAAGAAGAUCAGUUUGUGGAGGUUGAAGCUGAGGAUGAAGAAGGGGUGUCCCGGACUCCUGAUCAUUCCAUCUUCCGAUGGCUUGCCAUUUCCUAUUCCUCAGCACACCUUACCAUGGGGGAGACAGCUCGUGGAAGCUGCCACGCUGAUGACUUCACUAAGGGAAUGGGCAUUGCCAAUGGGGCAAAAUGGAGGCCACAAUCUGGCACUAUGAACGAUUUCAGUUACCUGCACACCAACUGCCUGGAAAUGUCUAUAUACCUGGGCUGUGACAAGUACCCACACGAGACGGAGCUGGCUGAGGAGUGGGAGAAUAACAAGGAGUCUCUUCUUUCCUUCAUGGAGCAGGUACACCGUGGCAUUAAAGGGAUUGUGACUGACAGAGAAGGAGAGCCAAUAGCAAAUGCCACCAUCUCCAUAGGCGAGAUCAACCAUGAUAUAAAGACAGCCAGCACCGGUGAUUACUGGCGAAUCCUGAACCCUGGAGAGUACAGAGUUACUGCCCGCGCAGAAGGCUACACCCAGGGCACCAAGACAUGCAGUGUUGGCUAUGAUAUCGGGGCAACCCACUGCAACUUUGUCUUGGCACGUUCCAACUGGAAGAGAAUCAAAGAGAUCAUUGCAAUGAAAGGAAAUGGCCGUUUACAGCUGGCACCCCCAGGUGGGCGACGUCUAACACCUGCUGCACGUCAGCGUUUGCAGCAACGCCGGCGACUCUGGCAGAACAGACGAGCAAAUCUCACUACUACGCUGCCUCCUACUACCACCCCUUUUGUCUCUACAACCACCUUACCUCCUCCCACUGAGACCCCAAGCACAAAGCCCCCAACCACAAUGCCCCCACGCAGACUGGCACCCCCAACCCCUACAGAGUCACUUUGGGAUACAGAGACUGAGAUUUACACAGAAAUCUUUACAGAGGUGGAGACAGAGAUUUGGGAGGACGUCAGCACGCCAGCUGCCCCAUUUACCACAGCAGAGACUUACACCGUGAACUUUGGGGAUUUCUGAGUGGCCAAACCAACAUAAAACAUGCUUAGGAGGAACGUGAGGACAGAUACAAAAUCAUUACCAUAAUGAGGUCCACUCCACAGUUAUGCACUGAUUUGUGUAGAGCUAGAUUGCAGGGGCAGAAGUCCUGAUGUCUGCACAUUAAUAGCCCCCCCAUGUAGUGCUGUUCAACUGAAGCUACAAGAAACUGUUUCAUAUGAAGAAUCUAUGCGGAAUUCUUAAUUCCAAAACUCAUUAGAAACUGCCAUCUCGCUGCCAGCAUUAUAGCUACAAUAAUAUCUGGGCCUGAAUGAAGCUGUCAGACAUGUAACAGGUACACUUUUAUAGCACACUGCCUUAAAAUCAGAAUAUCCAGAUUCUUGCAUCUUUUUUAUAUGACGCAGCUAAAUCUAAAACUAAUGAGAUGUCUAGAACAUAGAGAUCAGAAUUCCUGUGAAUAAAAUAAGGGAUAUUCAUUUUCUUA